AUGGCAAGUAGCUCUGCGAAUUUUUCAUCCAUUCCUCGGUUUCAAGGCAUACACAGGAAAAUCCAAGUUAUUGUAUUAAUACUGAUGAUGAGCCUUUAUUCAGCCUAUGGGGAGCAAACGAGAAAAAUAGAAAAGAGGUUUAGAGGCCAAGAUCACACAUUUCCCAAACCUGAAGGCAGAUCCAGCAAGGGUCAUGGAGGACACACAGGCGAAGAUGGAAGAACAGGAAAAGUACUCAUUGUCCAUGAAGUUGGACAAUACGCUGGCCAUGUAAUAUCAGAAGUAAAUGGAGGUGGACAUGGUGGAGGACAUGUUAUUGGUCACGGCGGACUUAGUGAUCACGGAGGAGGCCAUGGUAAGCUUGGAGGCAAUCAUGGGUGGUUAGGAGGUGGGCAUGGCAUUGGGAACGGUGGACAUGGAGGUCACGGAGGAGGCCAUGGUGGACUUGGAAGCUUUCACGGUUGGUUAGGAGGUGGACAUGGUGCUGGUCAUAGCGGAUAUGAAGAUCACGGAGGAGGCCAUGGUGAACAUGGCGCUGGUCAUGGUGGACAUGGAGGCCAUGGAGGAGGGCAUGGUGCACAUGGAGGAAAUAAUGGUGGAAAUGGAAGAAUAAUUAUUGUUCCGGUUGUUAAAACUGUUAAAGUUGUAAAACAUGUGCCUAUUGUGCAAAAUGUGCCAAUAGUACAGCAUAUUGCCGUUGUCGCGGGUAAGGGUGAGGGAAAUGCUGAUGGGGGACUCGGAAGUGGAAGAGGUAAAGGAACAUACGGAGGUGGAAAAGGAAAUGGUGUAAAUCAUUGGAAAUAA